GGUCGUAAACAAGAGGACAAGACAUCACGCCGUAACUAAAGCUGACCGUUCACAGGAGAAGAUGAAGCCAUCGCUGUCGAUCGUCGUGCUGCUUGUAGCUUUCGCCUUCGUCACGGAAGCCAUCCAAGUGGAGGAAGGAGAUUUCAGCUUCCCGCUUGAGUCAGUGAUAAAACUAAAAGAGCUGAUGGGGCUUGACGAUACGGUGAAACGGAGCCCUCGCCUGGCAACAACCAGUACUACGGCCGUCUGCACGAACCCAGACCUGCCGACUGAGUUCCUGUCCCUCUGUCAGACCAAGGGAGCGGCCAGUUCUUUCUUCAGACUGGGGUUUUUGGCAGCCCGGCCAGACCUGUGUGAGAUCUGUGCAUAUGCUGCCUGCACUGGCUGCCUCUGAACCACCUGACCCUACAGACCAACUGCCAAACCUGACCCCUACAGACCGACUGCCAAACCUGACCCCUACAGACCGACUGCCAAACCUGACCCCUACAGACCGACUGCCAAACCCUGCCCUGCCUUCUCAUUUCUCCGUUCUUUAAAUUUAUCUUACAAUUUCUGCACAAUUAUCCAAGAUUUCUUUAUAACUUUGAGGGGGAAAAUAUGCUUUUGUUUUUAUUAGUCCAUUUAGAAUGGUUA